AUGAGUAACACAUCUCCCCAGGCAACGGGGACAGCUGCAUCGCCAUCAGGAACAUCUUCUGGAAGUGGAGGCGCGAACGUGUCAGAACAGGAGGCGGCGAGUUCUACGCAGGGGAAACCUGCACAGGGACCACAGAAUGGUGCUCCAGCCAAUCCAGUUCCUCCAGCAUCAGCUGCAUCUGUAUCUUCGUCUGCAGGCAGCGGCUCAAUUGCACGUAAGCGUUUGGCACAAGAGAGGGCAGCUUGGCGGAGAGACCAUCCAGCAGGCUUCUCCGCAAAGUAUGCGCCCAUGGCUGAUGGGUCUGUCGGGCAAGAUAUUAUGAAGUGGAUAUGCAAAGUCCCAGGGAAGAAGGGCAGUCUGUGGGAAGGUGGAGAAUACUGUCUUACAAUGGAAUUUCCCGAAGAAUAUCCUAGCAAGCCUCCAAAGUGCAAGUUUACGCCAGUCCUAUUUCACCCAAAUGUUUAUCCCUCAGGAACCGUUUGCCUGUCGAUUCUAAACGAAGAUGAAGACUGGAAGCCAUCGAUCACGAUCAAACAGAUCCUGCUUGGCAUCCAGGAUCUGCUGGACAAUCCCAAUCCGCAAUCACCUGCGCAAGCCGAACCGUACAUGCUAUACUGCCAAAAUCGGGAUGAGUACAACAGGAGGGUGAAAAGCCAGGCAAUACAGAUGAGGCCUAAGGACUAA